AUGGCCGAUCCCUUCUACGAAGCGCGUAACGCCCUUACGGUCGGUAAUUAUCACCAGGCGCUCGCUGAGGCAGGCGGAGCAAAGACGACGCUCCGCAAGCAGGACGAGGUGACCGCUUUUAAUACUGAGCGGGAGGCUCUCUUAUGCCUUGCUCAGAUUGGGUUGGGCCAGGGUGAGGCCGUCGUAACACAGUUGGCUACCGCCACCCACCCCACGUUACAGGCAGUGAAACAUUGGGCGCAGUUUUCACUGGCCAUUAAAAAUCAAACGCCUGGAGCAGCCCUUACCCCCGCUGCAGCCUCGGCGCUAGAGCAAUUGACACAAGCGACGGAAGAAGUCAGUCCUGCACACAUUCAGGUGGCUGUGCUGGCCGCCUCUGCUCUUCUUGCCUCUGGCGAUAGUGCUGGGGCAAUAAAGUUGGCUAAAAAAUGGAUACAUGAACUUCCAACACCGGAGGGGGGUGCCAAUAUGCGUAAGCAUAUGGAAUUGCGCGUCGUUGUGGUCGAGGCGCUUCUCCGCAUGCAACGCCCGGAGAUGGCCAGAGGUGAAGUGAGCAGCAUGGAACAGCUGGACGAUGAAUCCAUCUUGACGGUGUUGUGCUCAGGUAUAGUGAGUCUCCACGAGGGACCCCAGUCUGUUGAUGCGUAUCGGAGGGCCCUCGAACGGUUUAAGGAACUCUCCAUUCGCUGCGGCCCGAGCGUCCUGGCACAUAACCUAGCGGCGCUAGCACAAAUGGAGCUUGGCGAUUUCGAGGCGGCUGAGCGUAGUCUCCUUGACGCGUUGGCUAUGCGAUCUGGCGACGUCGAUACGACGUCCAAUUUGGCGGUUGUCUCUUCCCAUCUGGGCAAGGCAGCAGAUUCCACAAAUCGCUACACCCAACAAGCGACUGCCAUCACUGGAGCAUGGAGCCACCGGUACGCCGCCAUGAAUGCCCGCCUAAACGAGGCUGUCCUCCAAUUCUCAACAACAGCGUAG